CUAUAUUUCAAGGUCGCUUUUCAUUUUCUUCCUCAGAUAUUCCGCCGGGUAAUUCUGUACUUUAGGCGGAGGAUGGAUUGGGAUUCGUAUUACAAUAGGCUAGAGGGAUGGGUUAAAAAGCAAUAUGAUGGUGUGACUAGUGUUCAAAGACGACUUGAGAAUUCUCUACUUGAACAGCAAAAAUAUUUAAAUGCAAAUGCACUUGCCCUUAAAAAGUACAAACAAGAAAUGGGAUUAUUUCAGUCUUUGUACUCUUGCAAUGGUGAUCCGAGCAGUUCUAGUCCACAAUCAGACGGAAGACGAAGUGCGCCAUCUCGACGAUACCUAAUACCGCAUCCUUGCCGCCGAAUCGCUGCUGAAUGUAUUGACAUUACAAUAAUGAUGGCAUUGAAAUUAGUUAUAUUGUAUUUCAUCAAGAACGACUCAAGUGUAAUUCAGCUGGUUAAAAAUAUGGGUUCGGACAUCCUAUCUGGGGUCCCGGAAUACCGUACACUCCGACGUGCACAUGGAUGGGCGAAGACGGAUUUCAGUGGAAAGGAAUUUCAAGUUUCAAGCAUUUGGAGGUCGUUAUUUUUUGCUCAUAUCGGUGCAAGAGAAGAUCUUCUGGAUUUCGAAACAAUUAUACUGGCUGAUCAGAUAGGACGGUUCCUAAGUGCCCUCUUGGAGGCAAUUCUAAUCAGGCGUUCAAUUUUUGGAUCUGAUCCUGGAGGUGCAACUCUUGGGAAGUGGUUAAUGAAUCUUAAGGUUGUUUCGUGUGAAGAAAUUAUACCUUUUCCAGAUGUCGUUGAAGUCGUUCCAGGAGCUGAUCUGGGGAUUAUUCGAGCACUUGUACGUUCGCUGUUGAAAAGUACAAGCUUUCUCACGUUCUUCUCAUUCGUUUGUAUGAUGGUAUUUCAAUAUCAUCGAUGUACAUAUGAUAUUAUUGCUGGAACUUUAGUUGUACAACCUAUUACACCAACAACUAAUCAUCAAUCAAACAGUAAUAAUGAACAAAGACAACAACCCCAACAACAGUGAUUGGGCAUAACAAUGAAUUUCCAUGUUAAACUUGUUUAAAUGCAAGUAUUCAUUGUAACAUAAAUAUUUUUUGAGGUCAAAUUAAAAAUAAAUGCAAUUCUGUUCGUGUGCUCCACUUUAAACCAUAUAAUUUUGAUGGGAAGGUUUGUGUAUUUCUGCUACCCGUUUUCCAAAAACUGAAAUACAUAGCAUAACUUGGAGGCUAAAAUAAUUCUAUCUCCAGUGAUUCAAGUUUGCCUAAAAAGCCGCUGCUCUUGAUCAAACAAACCUACCUCUUGUCUAAGUGGAAAGAUUCUAAUAUAAAUUCAGUGUAAUAAUUAAAAAUCAUAUGCUUUAAUCUAAUAAUCGUAAUUCUAAUUCUGAAUGGAAACAUGAAAAUGAUAAUAUAACAGUGUCAACCAGAACUAAUGUGGAAGUUUUGUAUAUUGAACUACCUGAUGGACAUUCAACAAAGACUAGAAUCAACGACGUAAACAUGUGAUAGUUAGAAUUACCUCCAGUUAUCUGAAGAUAUGUUAUUUAUAUGGUGCAGAUUAUUAUAUCCAGAGUCUAUAAGUGUUAUAAAUCAGAUAAUAUAUUUAAUAAAUAAUCCAUUCAAUUUCUAUACCAAGUACGCGUUUAUGUACUUUCCUUUUGCUAUUCUUUUUUUAUAAGAUAUUUAUAUCAUUCUAUUAUGUUAUUGUAGUAGAUCUGGGUUCGAAUUUGUAAUGCACUGGUUGAAUGUCAAAUAUCUUAACCACUAACCUAUCGUUUUAAUAACUGCUUUAUAACCCGUGACUUUUUACAGAUAUCUAACUUAUGGAUAACACAACCCUACUUUAUUAAAUUUUGUAAAGUAGUUAUAGGUGAAGUGAAACUCGUUUAAAGUUAAAAUAAAUGAUAUUUGCCACAAUUUUUGGUGUGUGCCACUAAACAACAUUAAAUUUUGUAAUAUUUCGUAAUUUGCGCAGGGACGUCAAAAAUGAGAAAUUCAGUGGUGAUUCUCCAACAAAUCUAUUUACAGGGUUUACGUUUUUAUAUAAGUAUGAAAUAUUUAAGGGUACAAAACACCUUUAAGCUAUUUCAGUAAUCAUUAUUCAUAACAUUAGUAACACGGAUAAUUUAUAAAAUAUAAAAAGUGAAAACUGAUUUCCCAGGGUCUUUAAAUACUUAUAAAAUAGAGUAGUCGGCAAUCGAUUAAAGACAUAGUAUUAAACUAGUAAAUCCUAGGAGUAAACUCACACAAUUCGUGGUUCAAAAUAAUGUUUAGACGUAGAUAGUUAGAGUAAAAUAUUGAGUCGAAAAAAUUACUAAUGUUAACUAGUAAAGUUUUACUGUACCUAGAAAAUUAAGUUAAACAGUAUACAGAAAGACUCAGUUAUCAGUCACCUUAAUAUGUUGCUAGACGUUUAAUCAUCAGUAUGUUAACUUCGAUUAAUACAAAACCUUGGUAAUAUACCCAGAAAACGCAACGGGAGUCGUUUUGCUUGUCUGUUCUAGUAUGUAGAAAUAUAAUGACACUUGGGGGUGACGUGUGCAGAGCAUUUUCAGUCGUUCAGAAAUCAAAUUGAUUUAUUUUGUUUCUUUUUUUAUGAGCAAAUUUAUUUCUCCUGUUUGCUGAUAAGUAGUCUUAAAACUAGCGUCUUUGUCAUUAUAUUUUAUUCUUGUUUUAGAAUCUUGUGUUCCCUCCAUACAUCUACCUAAUGUGUAGAAAGUUAAUAUUGAUGUAAUACCACAAGCUGUAUACUAUAUCUUCACAGUAUUGUAGAAAUUUGUUUACUUUUAUUCAAAUCUUUUGUAAAAUUUGGAAACUGAAUUCAUCUUUUCAAUGAAAAGUUUAGUCUUAUUUUUCGUAGAUGUUGUAUCAUUCAAAGUUUAUGCUUGAUUCGAAAUGCUUUUUUUGUAAUUUUAGAAAUUGGAUCCAAAUAAUAUUUAUUAUUUAUUUAUUUGAACAUAUAAAUAUUGGUACAAGGUGGCACCAAAUAUGUAUGCGCCACACAAAACAAUGAGAAUGGGAAGAGAAAAAGAAGGUAAGGAGCGUAAAAGAAAAAAAGAACAAUAACGACCACAGAUUAGUGUAAGGUAGUGUAAUAAUAAUAAAAAUGGGGGAACGGAAAGGUACAAUCAGAAGAAAUCUUUCAGUUAAGUAAGAUACAACCACUUUUUACGAAGAAAGUAAAAGAAGGGUACAACUGGAUCGCCACUGGCUUCUAUUCUGAGCCAUAUCUGAUAACGUCUCUAGCCACUGUGUUGCACCAUCUCCAGGACCUCAGCCAGGGGGUCGUGAAAGACCAACAGGAGCCAACCCUUUGCAGCUUUCUUUCAUACCACGACACCAUGUCAUGCACUGACCACCUCUCCACUUUUUCCAACCAGUCCCAGAGUCGGCAAAUAAUGCACGACGUGGAAUUCUCUGGGGCGACAUUCGUAGAACAUGCCCAAGCCACCGAAGUCGGUGUUUCAGGAUGGUGACAUCGAUUGCAUUAUCAUCUCUGUGCCCGAGCACACGAUGCCGAACCUCUGCAUUACUGACAUGGUGUUGCCACUGAAUGUCAGCAAUCCUUCGGAGACAACGAUGAUCGAACACAGAGAGUCGUCUAACGUCCUCAACUCGGAGAGGCCAGGUCUCACAAGCAUAGAGCGAAACUGCUCUGACCGACGCGUUGUAGAUCCGACCUUUUACAGCCAGACUGUUAGGAUAUUCAGAAAAAUAUCCCAAAAAUUAUCCUGUUAAGUCUAAUGCUAUCCUUGGACUUGAAAUGGCAUCAUUUUCCUACUGGUCAGUUUUUAUUUCACGUGUUGUUUCCCUACUGGUCAAUAUUUAUUUAACGUGUCAUUUUCCUGUUGGCCAAAUAUUGUACAAAUGUUAUUUUCUAUUUUAUGGUACGUUGUGGUCUGUCUGGUUGAUAUAUAAACGGAGUAUGUUUGAAAUAAAUGAUUCAUAUCGC